CACUCAGUGCAAAACGUCGUCGCAAAUACACAGCGCAAAGUGGCCGAGUUUUUCACUGGCGAAAUGUUAAAAAUCAAUACGAGCGCAACGUUUUCACAGAAAAGCAAUCAAUUUUGUUUAAUUAUUCCCUAAGCUAAGCCAAAGAAUAUUAAAAUUUAUAAAAUUUAAGCUAUUAAGCUAAAUGAAAUAGAAAAAUCAAACGUGAAUGUAUUUGUGGCAACGAUUUAGCAAAGUAGAGGAGCACCAGCGGUGCCACCAAUGCCAGCAAAAGCAGCAAGCGGAGCAGCAGCAGCAGCAGCAGCGGAAGCAAAAAGUGCUAAGUUUUAGCUGAAGCUUGAGGAGACGGUAACGCGUUACGCGACACGGUUAACGAGUAACGGGAAACGGGAGUUCUUUUUUCUUUUUUGCUGGCAAACGAGUGCCAGCUUGCGUGAGCCUGGUGGCAAUAAAAGCGGUAGUAGUGCGUAAGUGUGAAGUUAGCAAGAAGUGUGAAAAGAAAAAUUGCCACCGCGAAAAGUGGAACGAAAAAUUCUGCGUAGCAAUAAUCAAGCGAAUGUAUUCAAAUUAAUAUUCAACUUCGAUUUUCCAUUUCCAUAAGCCAGCUUUCGAUUUUUACUACAAAUACCAGUUCGGCUGCGUUCCACCCCGCGCAUCCAAUAUAGCGAAAAGGGAAAGGAAAAACAACAUCAGUACGCACAAGUCAAUCGCCGUCCAUUCGGUUGGUGUGCCGUUGCUGCUGGCUUUAUUGUUGUUGUUGUUCUGUCGAACCGAAUAGUUAGCAUUUCGCCCUACUAACACAACAACACAAGUCAUUGCUAAAUUAUUAGUAAUUAGAGUAAUUUUGUUUUGUUAACGCAGCUAUUGUUGUUAUUGUUGUUACUAUUAUCAACUGUGACUUGGUAUUGCGCAGCGCACGCGUUGUUUGCGGUGCGGUAGUGAGGUGGAGCGGUGGUAUCGUUGGAAGCGGUGUUAAUGUUAAAAAACCAUAAGUGGAAAUUAUGGCCUCUUCGCUGCUGGCCCUUAGUGAUUUAAUACGAUUCCAAUUGGAGCGCAUCAAACUAGACGAAUUCACCUACAAAGAUGAGCUGCAACUGCUGCGCCAAUUGUUGGCGCUGGACAUGCCACAGCCGCCGAACGCCGUGCUUUCGAAUGGCAGCAGUCAGGAGCAUAACCAGCAGCAGCCAACACAAGCAGGCGCGCCGGCAAUCGUUUGUACGCCGACUCAAACGCAAGCAACAACGCAGUCGCAGACGCACUCACACUCCCAGACGCAGUCGCAGUCACAGCAAUCACACACACAGACGCAAACACCGUUACGCUUGCAAGCGCCACAGCAUCACCAACAUCAAGCGUCACAGCCGUAUUACACGCAGCAUUCGUCACAGCUACCGCUACCACCGCCGCCACAGUACCAACCAAAAUCAUUGCCGCAAAAUCACUAUCCACCGCCGCCGAGUCAGAGCCAGAGUCAGUGUCAUCUUAGCGGCGCGCUUAGCCAGAGUAACAAUCAGUUUCAGCAUUCAAGUCAUAGCCACAGCCACGGGCUUAGUCAGAGCCAACAGAAUCUGUAUCCUCCCAGCAGCCACAGUCCGCUGCAAAAUCAGCUCAGCUAUGCGCAGAGCCAAAAGCAACGUCAAAAGCAGCGCCGCUUUCAGCAGCAAAACUCCAAGCGUUCGCACCAAAUGCAAAGUCGCAGCAAAACGCUUGCACAGCCGACCGAUAGCGAUGGCGCAGGAACUGCGGAUGAGUCCAACAAUACCGGCGCCAGCAAUCACCAGUCACCUGGGGGAGGCGGUUAUACUGGCGCCUGCAAUGGCGGUAUUGGCGCGCUCGGUAGCAGCGGCGAAUUGGCCGAUGAGGAGUUGGUCGGUGCGGUGGGUGGCAAUGGUGGCGGCGCUGGCGGUGGUGCGGCAACGAAUGGUGCCAUUGGCGGGAGUGAGGAUGGAUCCAGUGCCAGCAGCAAUGCUGACCUACAAAAAGAUUUCAAAGUCCAAGUGCUCGAGUGGUUUCAACAGUUGUACGUCCAAACGGAAUCGUUCAGAUCGGACGAGGAGUCACAACGUGUCCGUGAAGCGGGCAAUAAUUGCUAUCGUAAGGAACACCAUCCACUCAAGGCAUGCGAUCUCUACACGGAGGCAAUAUUUUUAGCGCCCGUCGAAGAGGAUGCGGACAAUACAACAGCGGCAAUGGCGCACGCCAAUCGUUCGACAGUGCUGCAUGAUUACGGCAUGUAUGAGGAAGCCUACGACGAUUGCCUGUGUGCGCUGGAGCUGGGCUACCCCGAGGAGUAUAAUGCUUUGAUCAAAUUACGCCAAGCCGCUUGUGCCUUAAAGUUGCGUAACUUUGCACUCUGCGAGUUGCAUGUGCAUGAGCUAUUGCACAUGGAUCUCUCCGAGGCGUUCGAGGCGCGCACACACGAACUCUGGCACGAAUGCGAGGUGCUGAAAUCGGAGAAGGUCGAUAUGGGCGUGCAAACCGAUGAUGAUCAUUAUACGCUGAUGGCGCCGCCGCCGCCGCAACACAUACUGCGCGGGAGCAACAGUAAUCGCCUGAAAGUUUACGAAGUCGCCUGGUCGGAUACGUCGAAUGCCAUUACAACGACGCGACGCGCCUACUUGCGCGCCACCACAGAUAUUGUGCGGCAUAUGCCGAUUUUCAGCGAGGACGCGGCGGUAUUUGUGUCCAGCGGUCAAGCGCGCAUCUGCGACAACUGUUCCAUUACACAGUUCAUACCAUUCCCAUGCGACUACUGUUCGAAUCGCACAUCCGUUUAUUGUUCGCGUAAAUGUCGUGCCCAGCACUCGGCCAUACACGUGCUGGAGUGCUUCGCCCACCAGAUUGAGUUGUUCGAGGAGUUUGGCGAGUCGUUCGCCAAACCGCGUCUACUACAGCUCGCCUUUCGCAUGCUAAUCACCGGAUUGCCACAAGUGAUGCCGCACUGCCGCAAACGGCCGACUGUGAAUAAAAUGUGGAACGCAUUCAAUGGCAUACUCACCGAACGCACGGACAUACCAUAUUCGGCGCUGUUACGCCUCGAAACGCACCUCGAUAAAAUCGAUGCCGAAACGACUAUUUCGCUAGCCAUUGCCGCGCACAUAUUGGCCAUCUAUUUGGCCGAGUGCACCGACUUCUUCGAGCACCUCGACCUCAUGAUGCCCGCCACAAUGAAAUUGGCACGCAGCGAAUGGAUACUGUUGUCCGCCGCGCUGCUGCUACGCCACAUCGGCCAAUUGAGGCACAAGAAUCUCAUACACUGCCCGUCCUUUGUGUUGCCCGCAGAUCCGCACAUACUUUCGCCACUCUACGAAUACAGCCUGUGGUCGGGUGUGAAGCACAUACGACAGGGUCAACUGCAUCUACUGGCCGGCGAUGUGGCGUGUGUCGCUUAUGCGGUUUACCCGCAAACACUUAGCCUAUGUCGACAGUCGUGUGUCGGCCAAUUGUAUCGCAAACAUUCGGGUCGGCAAGUGACCGCAUAUGCGACCUGUGACAUUCUGUUGGGCGCAUGCAUAACCAAUUGUUUCGUCUACACUGGUGACUAUCGACAAUCGUUGCACGAGACACGGAGGCAGGACCUCAAGGCGCGCGGCAUCGACUGCAAGUGCGACAAGUGCUUUCGUCCAUAUCCGGAUGAGGAUUUUCAUAAAUUUCAUCGCUAUCGCUGUGAUAAUCCAAAAUGUAUGCAAAUAUUCACACCACCCGCCAGCGAUUUCAAACACACACGCAAUUUACGCUGGUGGCGCAGUCCAUAUUACAAACACCGCGACAACGAGGGCACCGAUCUAUUGGUGUGCAACGUUUGUGACGAAACCCAAAAACUGGAAUGGUUUUGGACAUUCAACGCUGCAUUGAGCGACUGUGAUUCGAUUGAGGUGCGUUGCAAGUUGUAUGCGGCCGUUGAGCGCGCCGAAACGCAACUCGUUGAAUUGCACGAAUGCAAAGUCGCUCUGGCGCGCCAAUUAGUCGAGCAAUGUUUAUUGAUGCAUCGAGAAGGACAAAACCCACUCGACGAUUGGGAGUUCAAUAAGCUUGGCUCGAUUAUGCGCAAUGCUCUCAAUAUUGUAGCUGCACAAUACAGUGUCUUUAGCAUAGAAUAUAUACAACACAUGUCCUAUUUUUGGGACAUAAUGGCACUUAGCAAUUACAAAUGUAGCGAUAAGGAACUGAUGCAAAUGUUACAAGCACUCGAAUAUAUACCGGACGAAUACAAGGAGAUCUUCAUCAACUACUACGACGACUUCAUAACACCGAAAUUCGCUGAGGAAACCUACACCAGUCUCAUGGAUACGCAAGUUUAGGCAUUCAACGACAAAUAGCGCAACAAAAAUAUAAUCAAAUAGAACAACAACAACAAAUACAGAUGGAAACGAACUUUCAGCAUACAGGACGUUGACAUAACAAACCAACAAACCAAAAAAACAAAAAACUGUAACUAACUUUAACUAUUAUAACUAUAAGAAAUAUAAGAGCAAUGCUGUAAUUUAAACUCAAAAAACUCGUUACUCGGUACUCGGUAGAAAACAAAAACACCCACAAGCAACACACAAACAACAGGAAUGACCAGAACAACACAACCUUGAUUGUAGUCUCAAUAUUCAGAAACAGAAACAAAAAAAUGAAUGUACUCUUUUCCUCUAAUUUCAAUUUUUGGUUUAGAAAAAUAUCUUCUUCAUGCGGAAAUACUCGUUAAAAUCAAUAGCAAAACAAAAAACAACAACCAUUGUACUAGUAAACUAAAACAAAUUACGCUUGACGUCAAAAAAAGCGGUUAAGUGAAACACUAUUGAAGUAAAAGAGAGGAGAAAUGUGCUGAGAGAGUCAAUGAAACUCUACAAACGAGAACACACAAAGCAAACAGUUGAACGUGAAAUGCAUUGAAGCAGAAAAGAGCGAUGAACAUUAAAAAGAAAUUUUCAAAAUAAAAAUUUCGUUCUUAAAACUGCAAUGGAAAAUUGAAAAUCGGUUUAGAGUCAAUUUUUCAGUGCCCAUUUAACACAACCAAAUUUUGAAACUAAGUUUUAGCUUGCACGGUUGGCAGUCAUAAACACAAAAAUAGAAAAAAAAAUCAUUCUCACGACAGUCGGUUCUACGUUAGCGUAACAUCCCGGAAUUAUAUCCAACUGCAGCAAAGGAUGAUAGCUACCAGGUUUGCUCGUUAGGUAUGAUGAAAAAACAUAUUUUUGAGGGGAACUUUCGUCAUGGGGAUUCUACGUCAUUCGCUUUGUGUUUCACAAAACUUAACUUUAGCUUAGUGAAGCACAAAACGGCAUAUCAGUCAAAUUCGCUCAGAGCCGAAUCUGCCGGUCUGCUAGGUAGUACACCUCUAAAAAUUUUUUCACCAUGCACUGCAGCAGCAAUCCCCGUACAUGCUGCUACAUCAACAACAACAAAAACAUAAAAGCUCCACAUAUUGACUAGUUU